AUGGGAGCGCAAUCAACAGCACUUUUCUGUUAUGAAAAGGCACUUGAAAUUCAGCUAAAAUUUUUACCAUCAACACAUCCUGAUUUAGGUGCUACUUAUAGUAACAUAGGACUAAUCUAUCAGUCGAUGGGAGAAUACACAAAAGCACUCUCACAGUAUGAACAGACAUUGACAAUUGAGCAACAAUCUCUCCCACUUGAACAUCAGUCAGUUGCUAUUACUUAUAUUAAUAUAGGUUCCGCUUAUGUAUCAAUGGGAGAAUAUCAGACUGCACUAAAAUAUUUUGAAAAAGCCGCGGAAAUUCGAGAGAAAUCAUUUCCUAUUAAUCAUCCAGAUCUGGCUGUCAGCUACAACAACAUCGGAUUAGUGUAUAAUAAAAUGGGAAAAUAUUCAACAGCACUUACGUACUAUGAAAAGACACUGAAAAUCAAACAGCAAUCUCUUCCAGCCGAUCAUCCAUCAUUAGCAGGUAUUUAUAAUAACAUUGACAUUCAAAAAACUUCAACAGAUUAUGGAGAUUCCAUGUAA